GUGCCAUUGUGUGUGCAUUUGUAUUACCAUGUGUGCAAGAAUGGAAUGAGCAAAAUAUCGCUUCAGAUGAUGGAACCGUUAUCUGUCAGCUAGCAUUUGGUUCUCUGCGGUGGUUUUGCAGGAUUCUAGAGGUAACGUCACUGAUAAAUAAAUACAUUCUGGUAAUGUUAACGUCCAAAACUGUGCUGAAUUUCUACGAAAAGUGUGCUGAAUUAUAAUGCUCCUUGAAUCGAUAAAUACCGUUUCUGUGAUCUACUAAUCGAGACUAUUGUGUCCUAUGACGGCGAGAGUGUGGUUCUAUUUGUGGAUGGGGAGAGAAUUCAAGGAGAGGGCGAGAUUUUUCGCCUCCUCCUGAAUAGACAUAUCUGCUGGAAAACAACACGUAAUUGGCUUCCUUAAAUGUGUGGGGAAAUGUGGCUACUCGAAGUCUGUGUUUAGAAAAAGGUCUUGGAUGAAGACGUACGCAGUGAUGGAAUUCUAGGGCUGCUGAAGACAAUUGACGGCCAAAGACUUUAAAGGUUGACGAGUGAAAGGAAAAAGUGAAGGAAGGGGGUCGAGAAGACAACAAAAGAGGACUGUGAGGGAGAUUGGGCUCUGAAAAGAGGAUCAGUCCCAUCCCCUCCCCCAUCUUUUCCCUUGUUAGGGGGAGAACUUUGCCCAAUGUGCAUGUCUGUCUCCAACUGACAUUGCGCCCCUGUCUGUCUGAGAGAGAAUCAAAGGCAUAAAAAAGAAAGAUGCACAAUAAACUCAGAGAGCUGCUGCUGGGGGGGCCCUGCCCCUCUCUGGGCACGGGCUCGGGCUCGGGCAGGACUACAGUGUCGGCGAUGAUGAUGAUGGUGGCGGUGUCGGUGCUUCUCCUCGGAGGAGGCGCGCAGGCCACCUGGCCACAGGGACACGUGGGGCUGCCGGAUCAGCUGGAGGCCUCCAUGCGCUCCAGCAUCAUCUCGUCAGAGCUUCAGGAGGCCGCGGCGGUCACCGAGGCCAUCGCCACGCCGGCAGCCAGCUACCCAGACUCCUCGGCGGUGGUGGGCCGAGUGUUCCAUAUGCACGUGCCCAUCAAGACCGUGACUGCAGACGCCGUAGUGAAGAUCGUAGAAGCUGGCAAAGAUGGCCUUCCGGAAUGGUUACACUGGAAUGCCGAGAGCCACACCCUGAAGGGCCUCCCUCUAGAGGCAGACAAGGGUGUCCACUACAUCUCCGUGGCCAUCUCCAGUGGGAACCAGGUGGCACCUCACCCUGACGUCUUCUCCAUCGAGGUGCACCCAGAGGAGUAUGCGGACAACGACCCCAUUCAGCUGGCCACAGAGCCCACAGAGGGGGUGGCCGCCGAGACCAACAGUGUGCAGUCCUUUGUCUGCGUGAACGAGGACCCAGUGACAGUGCUCACUGUCAUCCUCGACGCCGACCUCACCAAGAUGUCUUCCAGGCAGAGGGUGGAGCUGCUCGAGAAGAUGAAGAAAUUUUCGAGAGUUGGCCUGCAGCACAUGAAGAUUUUGCCUGUGAUGAACAACCGCUUGUUUGACAUGUCAGCCUUCAUGGCCGGACCAGGCAAUGCCAAGAAAGUGGUGGAAAACGGAGCCCUUUUGUCCUGGAAACUGGGCUGUGCUCUAGAUCAAAGCUCCGUGCCAGAUAUUAGCAGUGUCCAGGCACCAGCAAAGGAGGGAACAAUGUCUGCUCAGUUGGGAUACCCUGUUGUCGGCUGGCAUAUCGCAAACAAAAAGCAUCAUGUUAUGAAGCGGGUCCGUAGGCAGAUCAACAACACGCCUACUCCUGUUCCCUCGUUACUCCCACCCACCACUUUCGCUGAACCCCCAACCCGCAUUAUUCCCACCCCGACAUCACCCGUCAUUGCCCCUACCACGGACACGUCAUCUUUCCCUGUGAGAGGACCUGUACCAUUGCCUGUGAAGCCUACGAUACGCACAAGAGAUCCGAUCGCCCACACGCCAACCAUCGGUCCGGUUCCCCCAAGCACAAUCAUGGCCACGACGAGCACAAUCGCCAUCCAGCCCACGACGACGAGGCCCGUGCCGGUUGGUCCCUCCGUGACUCCAGCCACCCCGACGACCAAAAAGCCAACCAGGAAACCCAAGAAACCCAAGACCACGCCCAUGACUAAAGUCACCACCACCAAGGCGCCCAAACGCACGACUCCCUCGCCCGUCAUCCCCACGCACAACGAGAAGCCCAAACUCCUGAAUCCCAUCGACCAGGUGAACGCGUGGGUGGGCACCUACUUCGAGCUCAAGAUACCCUCCACCACUUUCUUCGAUCGCGAGGACGGCCUGACCGACAAGUUGCGGUUGACCCUGAGAAAGAAUCACUUCGAGGUGGUGGGAGAGGAGUCGUGGAUCCAGUUCAACAGCACGAGCCAGCUCCUGUACGGACUGCCUGAUUGGCAGCAUGUUGGUAAACAUGAGUAUUUCCUACAGGCCACUGACAAGGGCAAUCUCAACGAAAUCGACGCCAUCGAGGUUCACGUGAAUCGCUGGGGCGCCAACGACAAGCCACCCGUUGUGUUUGCCGCUCGAUUCCACGGAGAACCACACAGUGUAACUAGCAGCAUAAACAAGAAAAUUCUCCUGCUGAAAAAGCUUGCGCUCUCUUUCGGAGAUCGCAAUAGCAGCACGGUAACGUUGAAAAACAUCACCAAAGGCUCUAUAGUGGUGGAGUGGACCAACAACAGUCUUCAGCAAAACCCUUGUCCUAAAGAGCAGAUACAAGCCAUGAGCAACAAGAUCUCCAACGCCAAAGGCAUGCCGUCCAAACAGUUCACCAGUAUCAUGGAGCCCGACUUCACUCCCAUUAACGUCACCAUCACGGGCACUGGCAGCUGCCACUACUACACGUUCGUACCUCCCGGGGAGAUCGCCAUACCCGUCCCCCCUGCCUCCACGCCGGUUGCCGAGGCGGGCCGCAACAAGAGCACCAACGACGACGUGUACCUGCACACGGUCAUCCCGGCGGUGGUGGUGGCGGCCAUCUUGCUCAUCGCGGGCAUCAUCGCCAUGAUCUGCUACCGCAAGAAGCGAAAGGGGAAGCUGACCAUCGAAGACCAGGCCACGUUCAUCAAGAAGGGGGUGCCGAUCAUCUUCGCGGACGAGCUAGACGACUCGAAGCCGCCGCCGUCGUCGAGCAUGCCCCUCAUUCUUCAGGAGGAGAAGCCCCCCCUGCCCCCGCCGGAGUACCCCAACAUGGCGAGCCCAGAGACCACCCCUCUUAACCAGGACCUUCUGGGAGAGUACACUGCUCUGCGGGACGAGGACCCCAACGCACCUCCUUACCAGCCACCUCCUCCCUUCACCGCACCAAUGGAAGGCAAGGGGUCGCGCCCCAAGAACAUGACCCCCUACAGAUCCCCACCGCCCUACGUACCCCCCUAAUAUUUUCACGGCCAUUUUCACGUCCCUGGAAGUAAAAGAGGGUGACUGACUUUCUUGCGGUUCCAAGCCAGUGUGUUCUGUUUGGUAUUAGAAAGGGGGAAACGGAGGCACACUACUCUACAACACUGGGAACUUGGGGUGGGCUGGGCUGAUUUGUUGAGAGGAAAAAAAAGAAAACAAGAAAAAUGUUGAGAAGGACUGACCUAGGAUGUAGCCUGUAAGAGUUGCCAACAACCACUUGCUCAAGUGAAGUCACUUGCGCUACUGCUGAACCUCAAGUUGGGACAUAUGCCCUUCUCUCCCAAUGCAUCCCUCUCCCCAUGGGCUUGUAACCCUUUUCAUUUUUGGUUUGUAUUUUAAUCAUAUUUGAUUUAGUUUUUUUUUUCUUUUUGGUGAUUCAAACUACUUGCCUAACUUCUGAACUUUUUAUCUUCUGAACGUUUACUUUGAAAUACAGGAGAAAAUAGGUCUACUGGAUGCAAGAGCAAAUAUUUCAUAAUAGACACUAAAUAAUUAAAAAAAGAAACAAAAUCAUGGAUUAUUUGGACAGCUUGACAGGCAGUGUCUGGCUGUGUUUCAUUUCAUAAGGUUUGCCUUUAAACACUAAUUGUAUUGUUUUAUUAUAUCUGUGUGACGAGCAUAAGAAGAGGGGUAGCCAAACUCUGAAGUCUAAAAUAGUACUGUUUGUUGUUUUCUUUUUAAUCAAAUGUAUAUUUCAUUGGCAUUUUGCUAGACCAUGGUAGUGUCUUUUUAAUUAUAUAUUUUUUUGUAAUUAUUUUUGUUUCAGGGUUGGGAGAACACGAUUGAAAUAACUUGCAGUUAAAAAAUAACACAUACAAACAUUCAUACAUGCAUGUUUUAACAUGCGUGUGUGUGUGACGCACGUGUGUGUUUUGGUAGUUGUUGUAGACGUAGCAGUAAUAGUUCUAGUAGCUGCAGCGAUAGGGUUUUAAUUUUAUUUUAUUUUUACACUUUUUUUUCAAAGAUUUGUUUUGAAGCCCUGUUGGGAAAUAAAGGAUGGUACUGUAUGCUGAGUUAAUGGGUUGUAUCAUGUUCCCCGUUCUUCUUCAAGGCAUCUUAUCUUCGAGGCAUCUUGUAGUCAUUUCCUAGGAUUUAGUAGCAUUCUACAUGUUUUAUGGAGACGAAAAGAAACAUGCUUUAAUCUCAAAACGACAAUAAUAAUGACAAUAAUAAUGAUAAUGGUGGUUGUAGUGUAGUUCAGAUGAAGUAUAUUCUAGAAAUAUAAAGUAUGGGCUACAAAAAAAGGAAAUCCUUUUAUACAACCAUUUACCCCUCAUAUUAAUGGGCAUAAUUGUUCAGUAAUAUUUUUAUGAUACUCAACUACAUUAUCUGAAAACUGAUAGCAGGUGCAGGAGUUACUUUCAGCUGACAUUGAUACUGGUUUAAUGGCCAGGAUAAACUGAAAUGCCAGGUUACGUCAAUCAUUUCAGAUCUUUAAAAACAAAUGUAAAUUCACUAUUUUUUUACGAAGUUUUUAAUACAAAAGAUGUAACAGAUACGAUUACGAUAUUAAAAAUGUAAUAAUUUUAUUCAAAUUUGCAUUAUAGAUAAAGAAACACUCCCAACCAUGUAUUAUUAUUAUUAUUGUUGUUGGUGUUGUUGUGCUUGUUAUUAUUCCUGGAGGUGGAUGUUGCUGUUAACAUUUUCUUUUGCCUGUAUUAACAGAUGUCCUGGUCAUCAGCAGUGUGUUUGAGCCCUUGCAAUAAUGAUUUGAGAGCUAUUCUAUGGAUGAAAACCUGGUGCUGAGCUUGUUUUUCUACAUGCUUUUAGUCUGUAAAUUGAUCUUGCAUCCAUGCAUCUUAUAUAUGUGCCAACAUGGUAUACUUUUAUCUGCUUUGCGCCAUCAGACAGAGUGAGAGAGAGGUGUAGGCAAAUAGUUGUUUUGUUGUUUUGUUUUGUUUUUACAUUGAAAAUGUUGGUUUUUGCACAAUCGAAAGUAGAUGACUUUCUCACCGGAAUCCAUUCUGUCCAGUGUUUCAAAAUAUUUUACAGUAGGUUCAUAUCAAACUCUGUAGGGUGACUUUUCAUGUUCAAUUAGGAUCUGAAAAUUACGAGGCCCUCAAAUGUGGGUGCAAUUUCAUAACUUCGCUACUGUACAUUCAGCUUCUUCUGUAAUGGUGUUGAAUGUCUUCAUUUGUGAGAAUGAAAUGACAUCAACAAAGCCUCAACUUAAAGGUAAUUAGUGUGUUACAGAAUUACAACAUUCAUGUGGCCUUUUCUGAUUUGGAAUUAUCAUGUUUUGUAUAGACCGGGACGUUCAUAUCACAAAAAUCUAUGAAAUUGGAUGUUAUCUGGUACACGACACAUGCAGUCACAAGUAAGUCACGUUGGGUUAAAAACCAAAGAUGCAAAGUUCACGUGGAAUAUGGAUCAGUGUCUCGGAGAAAUGACGACAACCAAUAUAUACUGUACAUGUGUGUGUCUAAGUACAAAUUGAAAUUAUUUUUGUCAUGACUGCCGGCAUAGUUUUUUUUCUCUCUAAAAGAGUGAAAUGGUUCAACACAACAAAUGUGUUCGACAUAUCAUCCUACUUCAUGUGUGACUACUGUGAAACAUGUAUUGCAGAGCUAUUGUUUUUCUUUUGUUAAAGCAGUACUUUGAGAUUGACAGUCAGAAUUAGCUAGUGUCUUGGAACAGCUUGAUAUCUCAGUCAGUCAGUCAGUCUUUCAUCUCUGACCUAGUUUAGUUUUUAUCUUGUGUUGCCUUUUGGACUAUGGUUUGUCAUUGGUGUGUUUAAAUCCCAUGGGCCUUAAGCAUGACAUUGGUGCCCUUGCUUCAACCAGGACUUUAAUAUUAUAGCCCGUGUGUGUGUGUGUAUGUGUGCAAGCGAGUGUGAGUGUUUCUGAGGGAACAAAAUACCCCAUUACAACAACAACUGGAAAACUGAGUGAGACAUUUUUGCAAGGUUUAACAAUGACUGGAAUAUUUUUUUUUCCAUUCGUUUUCCAUCAUCAUCAUCACCACCAUCUUCUUAACACAUGUAUUGCUUGUGCUGCAUUUGUGGAAGAACUGUAGCAAACGGACACUCAAGUGCGCUAGGUCUUACCCUGGCUUGACAUCAAUCAGCACGAGGCAAAAUAAGGAUGAGAUUCACAAUACAGAAACAUGUCAACCAUGGGAGUGACAUAGUGACUGGACAGACAGAGUGGAACAUGGCCCCAAAUGAACCUUGAGAGAUCGGACGGCCAGUAAUCGGUUUCCAUGUUUGCUGGCUGAGAGAGAAACAGAAUGCUAGAUAUUUUUUGUCUGUUUUACAUAAUUUUGUUUCUGCCACUAGACACUGUAUGUUCAAAACUUGUAUUAAAAGUGUUUUCACCAAGA